UUCUUCUUCCCAACUUAGCCAUUCAUGGUGACUGACAAGUCAUGAUAAUUUUUUAUAAAACAAAUAGUUAUUCGCAAUGGACGAUUCGUUUUUCGGUUUUGAUACAACUACAAGUAUACCGGAUGAUGAUGGCAGCGACGGGCGAAUCGCUGAGCCCCCGGAAGAAGAGUACGACGCCCUCAACGACGAGACGUUCGGCUCUGCCAUAAACGGCGACUGGGAGGAAGCCCACGAAACGCUUGUGCUACUUGGCGGCAACGGCGAAAAAGCUCGCAAAGACUUUACAGAUCAUGACUCUAGCGGUAACGGUGCUUUGCUUAAUCGGCAACAGCAAUUGCCGUUGCGUGGGUUUCAGAGCGGUAGCAUCGACGACUUAGACUUGGAAUUAAAUUUAUCAUCAAUAAAAUUAGACGAUGUAGAUUUAAGUACGUUCGGUGAAAGCGAUGGAAGCAAUCGCAUUAACUUGGACUCUGGCGUUUGGACUACCCAACCCUCCUUCCCCUUGCCCAGCAAUCAAAAUCUUUUUCGAGACAACUUUCGCAGCGCAUUUAAGCCCCAGCCGCAGGCAGACGCAUCCGCAGCCGUAAUGGCAAUCACGCAAAUAAAGCCACUGCAGGAGGCGAACGCCAAUUUUGGGAUACCGCCAAUGCCAACAGCGGCGACAGCCAAAAUCACAACACUCGAAGACAUUGAACGUAAUCUGAUCAUACAACAGGCAGUGCCCAAACAACAACAACAGCAACAACUACAUCAGCAGCAUUCACAGCCUCUGCCCCAACAGGAUUUGAAUUUAAUCAAUCGGCAGCACUUGGUGUCAACGGCAACGUUAGCCCAACACCAACAACAGCUACAAAAGCAACCGCCGCAGCACAAGGCACCUCCUGGAUUUUUAGCCACGUCUCAAACGCCGCCGCCAAGGCCAAAUAUAGGUUUUCAUGGUCCACAUCACAUGGGCGGAUCCAGCGCAGGGCCGGGUCUAAUGCCCACGCCGCAGCCACAGCAUCAACAGCUAAAUGGAAUUAGUGGGAAUCGUGCGCCGCCAGGAUUUAUGUAUCCAACUGGCCUAGCUACGAACCUGCCGCAGCAUCCCCUAUUGCAGCAGCAUGUUUUGCCGCCCAAUUUUCCUCGUCCACUGCCAAAUCCACAUCUGCCCACGGCGCUCAACAACUUUGCCAUGCAUCCCAGCUUCAAUGCGAUGCGCGCCGUUGGCUUGCAUUCAGCGGCCUACAUGCCUGUGUUGCCGCCCCGCCUGCCGCCACACAAUUUGCUUAAUCAGCAACCCAACUCGAUGUAUAACAUGUUUAACAUGCGACUGGUUCAGGAAAUUCAGCAGAACCAUCCGCUGCUGCAGAACGCGGCAGCUGUUCGCCAGCAGCAGCUCAGUCGACCCGGCGAUCGCCAAAAGCAGCAGCAGCUGCUUCCGCAGCAGAUGCAGCAGCAGCAACAACAGCAGCAGCAGCAAAUGAACCGUUACGGCGGCAACCUGCCUCAGGAGGAGUUCGACGAAUAUGCCAAUCUGAUGAGUACGCGAGACAAGCAUUGGCUGAUUGGCAUCCAGCUGUCACAGUUGAACACGGACACUCCGUACAUUGACGACUACUAUUACACGGUGUACAGGGAGCGCAAGAACGGACAGGUUCGUCACAGUCAGGCACACAAGGACAACCAGCUGAAUCAUCCACUGACGCAGCCGCGAGGUCAUGCGCAGCUCAUUCUGGUUCAGUUGGGCAACAAAAAUGGCUCUCGCAACGGGCAGCAGCAUCGCGAAAGACGCAACUCGGACAACACGAGCAGCAGCAACACCAGCGGAAUCACAAACAGUGGCAACAACAGCAACAUUCUCUCUGGAUAUGUGUUCUCUCCCCUGAAGUUUGAAAACUCUCUGGGCAAGUUGCAGUACGGAAGUGUGACGGCGCCCCGCAAGAUAAUUGAUGCUGAGAUCAUGGGCAGCGACAGCGCAACCACGGACAAUACUGGGUCAGCAUCGUCAGCUACUAGGCAGAGCUCCGAUAAAAACAAUGAGGGCCAACCCGAGGUGGUGCUUGUGCCGAGCAGCAUGCGGAAGUCGCGACAUAUUUUGCUGCACAUAGAGACCCUAUAUAGGUAUCUGCUGAAGUUGGAGGACCUAGAGAGUCCGGAGGUAAUGGCAACCAUUAUAUUGAAGAAGAAGAAGGAGAGCGAACGCAUUGCCGCCGUGGAGCAACUCGAGAUGGCGAAUAAAACGCCCGAAGAGCGAGCGGCUGAGGCGAAUAAUCCACAAAGCAUGAAUCCAGCGCUUAAGAACAAAUUCAACUAUGAAAUUGAGCCGCGCGAUGUUUUAGUGAGUAAGCUGAAAGCCGGCCUCACUUUCAAUAAGGUUGUAUCGAUGAUGAACGUGCGCAAGGGCAAGAUACUAUUACGCCGCAUAAUGCCAUUUAUUGCUGAUCAGCCGAUACGUUGGACAGUGUGGAGCGGAGUGUUCUGUUCACUGCAAAAUGUCGUUAAGAAAGAUCGAGAAGAUGUAGACGGUUGUCUCUUUGCGCUUUAUCCGGAAUUCAAAAAUCAAAUACAUGAAGCGAAUUUAGAAACAAUUAUCAACAUUUCAACUGCGUUUACCAUGACCGAUAAAAAGAUGUCGGGCAUUUUCUGUAGUCGCUUUGGCAUUCUGUCGCUUGUCGGAUUGAUACUACGCGUAGAGGCGAUCUACGUUUCAAACACCGACUCAACGCUUACCGAGGAGAGCCGACAAAAGUGGCGUGAGUUUCUUGCGCAGGUUGCAUCCUGUCUUAAUCGCACCAUUCAGAAUCAAACCAUCUCAGCGGCUAUUGAGUCAGAUGCGAUUCAACCAAUGAUGAAUCACUUUGCGCGUUUCAAAGACUUGAAACUAGAUGCGCUUCUAGCUUUAAUUACGCAAGCUAAACAUCAAAUUAAUUAAACGCAGGCAUUAUUCCUUUUUUUUAAAACUAAUUUUGGGAUGAGAAAGU